CUGAAAACGGACGAGUUUAUGGUUCGUCUGUUCUCAUCUAUAGCGGUGGGUGAAAGAGGUGUUGUGCAGUGGAUGCUAAAAAUAUAGAGAACAAAUCCCUUUUCUCCAAGCGAUCUCGAUAUUGACAAUUGUUCCUCGUCAAAAUAUUAGAUUGCGGCACUUAAAGUUGCCAAUUCUAAAUCAGAAAACGAUAACUAAAUAUCGUCUGAGUUUUAUUAUUUUGGAUUAAUUCCAUUUUAAGAAAGGAAAAUAAACUUUCAGAGGAAGAAGGUAAGGGCCAGCUGUAAUUCGUGUUCAUUCAUUGGUGUAGAACGUUAGUGACAGUUUAAGUGGAAGACAGAGCUACUUGUAGCUACCUGAUUGUUUGUUUUCCUGAAUAACCUGCAUUCCUUAUUGGGGUUAAUUAAUCACAUUGGAAUCUAAAAAUGAAGAUAAAAACAAAGAUAUAUUUUCAUAAGCUGUAUCCUUUUUAACAAGAGAGAGACUGUCCCCAAAAGCAAUUAUGUGCUCGAACUCUCCAACGUGCGUCCUGAGCGGGCCAUCGUGUAUCCAAGAACCUCAGACCGUGUCGACUAUUUCUUCUGAAGUGGAAAACACGUCCGCCUAUUUCAAUAAAGAGUGUCUCCAACAAACGGAUUCGAAUUCCAGUACCAUGGGAAAUCAGAGUCGUUGCUGUCCAGGAAUACUACCAGCAAUAACUCGAUCUCAUGACUCAGAUGAAAGCCAACGCCCACAGCAAAUAAGCAACCCUACUUCAAGCAAAUCUUCGAAGUCAAACAAAUGCGGCUGGAAAACCUCAAAAUUCUUCAGCAAAUCUAUGACUUCUGGAGAAAUCCUACGCAGCCUCAAAAAAUUGUCUCUAACCUCAUCUGGUUCCACUUCUGAUCCUGGAGAACCGGAACAGAUAAAACCCAGAAAAUCGAAAUCUGGCCAGUUGAAGAAACGCUCAUCUUGUGGAAAUGAUGACGUCAUCAUGAUUGAUGAAGACUCUAAAGUACGCAGUCCCCGUAGUCCUGGAAGUUUUCGACCUCUCAGCAAGGUCAUGUCUGUAUCUGAACCAGGAUCCACCUCCAAAACCGGAAGUUUGGGUAUAGUUUGCAGGAAGGAGGAUCUCAAAGCGAUUCUCUGCACAGCAAGCAAAAAGUUCCCUCUGGCUUCACCAUCCAAGCGACGCAAAGGGCAGGCUCCCUUGAGACAAACCAAAUCGGCCUCAUUCGAUCCAGCAGACGAAAGGCAGUCAAGAAAAGAGCCAGUACGAAGAGCUGGAAGCGAAGAGUCCAGAACCAAAAGCAAUUCGUCAUUCGAGAAUAAUGAAACGACACCACAACCAGCGAACGAAAAUAAUUCUGAUGUAGAUAACUCCUCGAUACAAAGUGUAGAUAGCUUGAACGCACAGAAUAUCAACAUGAAUACGGAAAUAGUUGUUGAUCAGUCAUCCGGAUGUCUGCUGAGUUCUCUGGAAAGUAGUUUAUCCACAGUGAAAUGGGAUGAGAGUGACGUCGUCGAUGCGGUCAUUAUCGGGGAUGCCAUCGAAACUUUCUUAAAAGGAUCGAUGACGAAUUCAGAGAAAAAGGUUUCUUUCAGACGGAAUUCAGACAAAAGGUCCAAAUCUGAUGGUUAAGAAAUAUGUUGUUAAAUAUUUUUAUUUUUAUUUUUGUUAAAUGUAUAUGUGGUGUCAAAGAGUUGCGCCGUAAGGAAAGGUGUCAGAAGUGUAUAUUUGAUCAUUUUUUCCUUAACUAAUCAUAAUAUAUUUAUUUGUAUUAAAUAUUGUAAUUUUUAAUCCCAAUAUGCUUGUUCAAUUUAAGGAGUUAAUUUCAAGUAUUUUAUGACAUUUGUAUUAUUUUAGUGAGUUUGGCUCAGGUUUUAAUGAAGUAUAUACGUCUUUGUGCAUUGUGGGUAAUUCAUUAAUACGAGUACAUUGUUUUAAAUUAACUUCUUAAAUCAAUCUGAAAAUUUUUUAAAAUAUGUUAAUUGUAACCGUUGAAAAAUACAAGGAUGUGUCAUGUAAUAUGCAUUCUGAAUAUAGAUAUAUCUAUAGCAUCUAUGGUAUUUUAGAAGAAAAAAAUCGUAGCUGACAGUUUUCAAGUUUGUUUGCAAUUUCAUUUGGUUGUUAAAUGUAAAAGUUAUUUCCUUUGCAUCUUUAAGAUUAUUGUUUAUUUUUAAAAAAAAGUUCUUUGUUUAUAGUUUGCUUAUCACAAAAUGCAACUAAACAAGUGUAAUUUAUGCAUUGCAUUUUACAAAAAAUAAAAUUACCAAUAAGUUGAAAUGGAAGAAAUCAGACAUAAUAUUAUAUUUUUCUGAAUAGUAUUUUGUACUGAAACAAAAAACAAUCAGUAAAUUCAAACCUGUUGUUAAAAGCUUUAAAAAUUGUAUUUAUUAUGAAGUUGGUUAGAAAA